AUGGACAGAAAUAAUUCCACCACAAUAACAGAAUUCAUCCUGGUGGGACUUUCAGAAAACCCUGAAAUUCAACCUUUUCUGUUUGCAGUGUUUUUACUGACCUAUAUCAUAACUGUACUUGGAAAUCUCACAAUCAUUUUAGUAAUAAAACUUGGGUCAAAUCUUCAUACAGCUAUGUAUUUCCAUCUGGCCAAUUUUGCCUUUUUAGAAAUAUGUUAUAUAUCAGCUACUGUCCCAAAAAUGUUGUCCUCUUUCCUAGCUGAGCGAAAAACUAUCAGUUUACGUGGCUGUAUCACACAAAUGUACUGUUUUUUGCUCUUUGGUGGCACAGAAUGCUAUAUACUUGCAGCCAUGGCUUAUGAUCGAUAUAAUGCCAUUUGCCAUCCACUAUUAUAUACCAUCAUCAUGAACAGAAGAAGAUGCACUCAGCUUAUAGUUGGAUCUUGGCUUAUUGGUGCAGUAAAUGCUGCAGUGCAUACUAUUCUAACAUUCACAUUACCCUUCUGUGACUCAAAUAGAAUUGAUCAUUUCUUUUGUGAUAUUCCACCCUUACUAAAAUUGGCAUGCACAGACACCUGGGUCAAUGAACUUGUUAUUUUUCUUAUCAGUGGAAGUGUUAUAGUUGGUUCAUUUAUAUUAAUACUGAUCUCCUACUUACAAAUCAUUUUCACUAUUGUAAAAAUUAAAUCAACUUCAGGAAGAAAAAAAGCUUUUUCAACUUGUGUCUCUCACUUUACAGUGGUCACUAUAUUUUUUGGUUCUGGUAUUUUUAUGUAUUUUAGACCGAAAUCAAGUUAUGCAAUGGAACAAGACAGAGUGAUUUCAGUCAUGUAUGCAAUCGCCGCACCGUUAUUAAAUCCAUUUAUAUACAGUCUGAGAAACAAGGAUGUGAAAAUAGCCAUCAGGAAAAUGAUAUAUAAAAUAAUUAGCAAAAAUAUAUACUGA